CACGACCGCCGUCAUGCCUCGGUCCUUAAGGCUAUUGUCGAUGCCAUGGGAGAGGCUUCUGCUGCGGCGCAAGGGCUCAAUCAUGUCAUCACCAGCUACGACAAGCUAGCGACGUCGAGCCACACUCUCUACCUGUACAUGCUGCCCGAGGAGCGGAGAGUGGCUGGCUUGCUCAAGGUCGGCCACAAGCGGCUGUUCAUCAUGGACGGUAUCCGUGGGACCGUGGAGAUGGAGCCACUUUGUGCGCUCGAUUUUUAUGUCCACGAGUCGAUGCAGCGACGUGGUAUCGGUCUCGCGCUGUUCGAGACCAUGCUCAGCGACUGCAGAGCAGUGCCGGCGCGGAUGGGUUACGACCGCCCGUCUGACAAGUUCUUGUCGUUCCUGGCCAAGCAUUACGGCCUGCGCUCGUACACGCCGCAGAGCAACAACUUUGUGGUCUUCCACGACUACUUUGACCCACCACGGACAGUAGCUGUGGCUAGUGCUGCCAACGCAGGCCCCUCCACCGGCUUGUACUCGGGUGAGCACGCCCCGUCGUCGCUCACGAGCUCCCACAGCACCGUGCUCCCAACAGCUUCGUACCAGCUGUACGGCGGCUCGGUGCCGCCUCCGUCGACCACCCCGUCGGCGUCAGCGUACACGCCGCCGGCGUCGCCGCCGACGCCGCCACGGGCAUCGACGGCCUGUGACGACCAAGAGUACGGGUACGCCGGUCAUGCCUCGACGCCGACCGCGACAACGCCAUACACGGGCGAAUAUCACACUCCGUCGGCGUCAGCGGCCGACGGUCUGCACACACCUGCUGACGUAUACUACACGCCAUCGGCACGCACCCCGCGCCUGCGCCGUCAUCGUCAGCCCGCGCCGCCUCGUAUCGCUCGCAGAUGAUGUCAUCGGCCGGCGUCGCCGCUGCGCUCUCGCCAGCGCUACCGGUGCAGUCAUCAGCCCGCCGCCGCAACUCGCGCUACCGC